AUGCCUCAGGUGUUACCUUUGCUUUCCCUUGGGCCUAUGAUGCCUCGGGUACCACAUUUUUCUCCUGAGCAUGGCGGAGUUGGUCGUCGACCGCCACUAACUGAAGCAAAAAUAAAAGGAUUUAAAAUGGAAUUGGCAGACAGAGCAGUUGGAUUCCUAUUGUCCAUUAUAAGCUUAUCAAUUUUCACUUAUUAUACUUUCUGGGUUAUCAUCCUGCCAUUUGUAGACGGUGAUCAUUUCGUGCACAAGUAUUUCUUGCCUCAAGAAUAUGCCAUAUUAAUACCAGUUUCUGCUUGUGUGGCUCUUCUUUGCCUAUUAUGCAUAUUUAUUGGGUUCGUGAUGCUCAAAUCCAAGAAGAAGAAGGCAUAA